UGAACGCCUUUGGUACCCGAUGCAACUGCAGCGAGAAGACACGUCGAAGCCAUGGCACACGCCGAGCACCAGCACAGAAAGCAAUACUCAGUAGACAAUAUUGUAAGUAAAUAGGUGCCGACAAUUUAACUUUAUUUCCAGCCGCUCCGCGAUUCGGACGCCAUGGUCGCGUUGGCAAAUCAAUCUAACUGACACGACCUCCUUACAAGAGCAAAUUGGGUCCGUCGCUUUUAAGUUCGAGUCAGGCCACACAUGGGCGCCCCACACGGGAAUCUCCAGGAAUAACGUAAAGGUCCGCGGAGUGAAAAGUCCCGUCGAGGGCGGGGCCGCACCUCGACGUGAACGUGCCACCCGAUUAAAAAGAUGGGGUCGGGGCGGGGACCUAAGUUGUUCACGGGCUGCGUGCCGGAAGGGGAUGGCCUAGCGAUCAUGCCCUAGUUUGAAAGACCCCGGAUCGCUUUCGCUGUCGAGACAGAUUGAAUGUGCGAAAUUUAUGCUAAUAGCCUAACGGCAGGGCUUUAGCGUUUGCUCGCCAUGGUGCAUGUCGGAGUCGACGUAACGGCCUAGGUACGAGAGGCAGGUACUGAUGAGAAGCUGCCUUUUGCAUGUAUCUUCGACAAUACUUGCUAUACUUAUAGUUGCCUGGAGGCCCAGGACGUCCGCAGCGCUCCCUCUCAGCCAGGCCGCACACUGUGCUGCCGACACCGCACCACUGAGUCAACAUGGCUUCCGACGGCAAAUGCAACGGAAUAAUAGCGAAUGGACCAAAUAAGGGCAAACCAUGUCAAAAUCCUGCCAUCCUUGGCUGCGAGAAUGGCCCGUUGCUGUAUUGUGGGGUGCACAAAAACAGCCUGCCCCCGCAACAGCCGGUGCCUCAGCCCCCGCAACAGCCGGCGCCUCAGCCCCCGCAACAGCCGGCGCCUCAGCCCCCGCAACAGCCGGCGCCUCAGCCCCCACCAGUGCCUCAGCCCCCACCAGUGCCUCAGCCCCCACCAGUGCCUCAGGCCGCACCAGUGCCUCAGGCCGCACCAGUGCCUCAGGCCGCACCAGUACCUGAACGAUCCUGUUGCCAUUUUUUUUGCCAGUGCUUUGGAAUGAGGUGCAGCUGUUGCGAGUAGAGGAGCAUCCGGGUCUCUUGGGUUUGUGACGAAUCCGGAUAUAAGCUUCCAAAUGGUUGUGCCAGGGGCGCAUGGUGUUGGGCUCCCGUCGGGUUUGAGCCGUAGUGUACUUUAACUAGAGCGUUAACUGUAGAUGAGAAUGGGCUUUGUGAGUAUAGGCUUUGUGAGCAUAAGAGGGGUAAGAAAUAAAAAGGUGUAACUAAAACUGGCCACAAUGCAACCGACCUCGCAGUCA